AAAGGAGGAAGGAGAAGAGCGAUCGCAUACUCAGAGGGCCCUGUCUCCUGCUCCCGGUGCUCUGGGGACCCCUCGGAUGCAUUACCUAAGGGACAUCUGGAUACCAGGGGGUGGGGGGAAAGUGAUGCCUGGCUCUCGCUACCACCCAGGGAUUUAUAAUCUGAAUCCUUUGCAUUUUAACCUCCCGCACCUCUCUCCUGGAAACUGAAAAAUAAAACUUUGCCAUCAAGCCCUGCAGUUGGAGCUGAAAGGCAGCAGUGUUGCAGAUUAAAGAGACGGACCUUGGUCCUCCCUGUGUGUGACUAGUGCUUGAUUUCCCAUUUUCUUUUAUUUCCCCCCUCCCCUUCCUCUUCACUGUCUUAAUCUCUCUGAUCUUUUUUUUCUCCCUCUGCUCCUCAGUCUCUUCCUCCUCCUUUCUGCCAACAACAAAAAUAACAAAAAGCCACCAUCAGAGGCACCUCUUGCCAGAAUAAAAAGGAAAGCAUGGAGUUCUCAGAGAGGAAGAGGAGCAGGAAAUCCCAGAGCUUUAAACUGGUGAAUCAAGAAUAUCACCAGGCUGCUUAUAAACCCUCUGAUUAUUGCAGUGACAUCAAUGGAGAGUUCAGAGACUUGCAGAGUCUUUCAGGUGAUGAAGGCAUGGAAAUUAAGAAGCAGAUCACUGGUAUGAGAAGGCUUCUAAAUGACAGCACUGGCAGAGUCUAUCAGAGGGUUGGAAAAGAGGGAGAGAAGCUCAAACAAGAACCUCAUGAAUUGGACCUGCAUUGGGCAGAGAGCUUGAACACUCCCUGUGCAGCAGAACAGGCUACGCAUCCUUCCCAGAACCCAUGGAACAAUGCACCUAUACAGACGACAGAAUUUUCAGGACAGUAUGGAACACGGUCAAAAACUGUUCAGAAUCAUCAUAAAAAUGCAGGGCUGAAUGGAGAUAUAAGAAUGGCAAAUACACCAACAGAAUCAAAGUGUUGUACAUGUAAUUGCCAGCCAACCCUGCAAGCCAUCCUGCAGGAGCUGAAAGCAAUGAGGAAAUUUAUGCAAGUACAAGCAGUUUCGCAAAGCCGUAUGCAGGUUCCGCAGUCAUGCAUUUGCAAUCAAAAGGCAGCCAUGGCAAGGAAAAGAAUAAUAAAGAAAAAAGUGCUUUUAAAGAAUACAGCAGUAUCUCCUGUAAUCAGCCCACCAAGUGUGAGUGAGAAAGAGCACAAGGCCAUGGUGCUCCCAGAAAGGUCCAGUCUGACAGAAAAAGGGAGAGCCAAGAAAGAGGAGGAGCACAUGCUGGGAUUUGGAAUUGUUGUUGAUUCUUCAUCCUCUGAUCCAGACGUCCAACUCGCAGAGGGAUUUGAUGUAUUUAUGCCGAAGUCUCAGCUCGACUCUAUUCUAACAAACUACAAAAGGUCAGGAAGUCUACUCUUUAGAAAACUGGUGUGUGCAUUUUUUGAUGACAAAACAUUGGCAACAUCACUUCCCAACGGGAAAAGGAAACGGGGUCUUAAUGACAAUCGGCAAGGCUUGGAUCAGAAUAUUGUGGGAGCAAUAAAAGUAUUCACAGAAAAGUACUGCACUGCUAACAAUGUGGAAAAAGUCCCAGGCCCACGACACUGGGUACAAAUCCUUCAGGAUCAGAUAAAGCUUGCAAGGCGGAGAUUAAAAAGAGGCUCCGAUUUAGGUAAUCAUCUUCAAAACCCCGAUGAUAGGAUGUGGCAUCACUCCUAAGACUCGCUUUUAACCUUAAACUGCAAUGCUGGAGAACACUGGAACAGAAGGCACUUAAGCCUGACUUCGCUUUCAGCUGAUGACAAAUUCAGUCACUUUCUGUAGAGUUUAUUUUUUAUUGCUUAUCAGAAGAUAAGCCAAGCUGUGGAAACCAACACACUGUGGAUAUUGUUCAUGGAGUCACUCCCUACAUAUUUUUUGUAACUAAUACCCUCCUAUUGUCAUAGUUUAUACAAAAUCAUAUCCAAAAGUGGAAUAUCUAAGCUAGUUGUUGGUUAUAUCAAACAGCGGUUUUGGAGAUGAGAAUUGGUGUGUGAAAUUCUCAUGAAGUGCUACUUGUUUCCACAGGUACUUAAUGUAACCAACAUGUCUUCUUCGUGAGCAGAAUUUGUUUCUCAUUGUUAUGCUUUCUUAACCCAAUUAUUUUUAAAAUGGACAUAAUGUCAUUGGUAUGUUACCUUGUAACUGUAAUGGGUCCGUUACUCUUGACACAAUGUGGCAUAUUUAUCAAAAAUCGAUAUUUAAAUUUUGAUUUUUUUUAAUUCACCUGUAUUCCAGAUUUAUAAGUGAUUUCAUCAAUAUUUAAACGAUAUGAUUAUCAAAAUCCCCAAAACCACAAAUAUAUGAGAUUUAGCAAAA